AUGUCGAUGGAGGCAGAGCGGUCGCAUGCAGCACCGCCAUCCCUGUCGGAUGCAUUUGCUAUUACACCGAGAUUUGCUGCUGAGCGUGCAGCUGCAGUUCAGAACGCGACGGGUCAGGCGCCCACGGCGCCUGCGAAAAAAGAGACGUUCCUACCUGACUUGAACGUGCACCUCAUAUGCAAGGAUUGCAAGACGGUACCACCCAACAUCGCAGAGGAGUUUACCAAUGGUGAUUUGGUAUGCGCAGACUGUGGUCUUGUGUUAGGUGAUCGCAUCGUCGACACACGCAGCGAAUGGCGUACAUUUGCCAAUGAAGAUGGUGACGAUCCGUCGCGUGUGGGUAGUGUAUCGAACCCCAUUCUGGACGGUAUUACAGAGCAGCUUGAGAGUCGCAUAGCCGCACGCGAUGGUGGAACGGGUGCGUCGCGCGAACUGCUCAAGACUAUGUCUAGAGCCUCUGCACCUAGAGAUCGCUCCUUGCUGGACGCGUUUGAUUCGAUCCAAAACAAGUGUGACAGUAUUCACUUGCCGCGCACGGUUUGUGACACGGCUAAGCAGGCCUACCGCCGUGUAGAACAGGAGAAGUUGCUGCGUGGCAAACAAACCGAUGCCAUUAUUGCGGCUGCCAUCUAUGUUGCUUGCCGUGUGAAUCGUGUACCGCGCACCUUCCCCGAGGUCUGUGCACUUACUUCGGCACGCAAGCAGCAGGUCGCACGCUGUUUUCGCGAGAUGAAGGAGGCAUUUGGCCUGAACGCCACAGGCACAGGAUCUAUUGAUGGUGCCGACACGUCGGCCGACGUGGCCGUCGCUAGUGCUGGCACUGGCGGUGCGGCUCCGCUAGGUCUUGCUGUGGGUGCGACCGAUCUUGUCGCACGAUACUGCAACCACCUUGGUCUGGACAUGUCGAUUGUCCGCGUGACAGAGGCGAUCACUAUGAAAAUUCAGGAGCAUGGCUGUCUGGCUGGACGGUCGCCUAUUACGAUUGCCGCAGCCACUAUUUAUCUCGUCACACUACUUGUAAAUGAACAAAGGACGGCGCGUCGCAUCUCAGUCGCGGCUGGUGUAUCGGACGUGACUAUCAAACACUCUUACAAGGAGUUGCUCAAGGUACUAGAUCAGGUCCUUACGCCGGAUAUCCUAGCCAAGGAUCGUCGCAUCGACUUGAGCCGCAUUGAGGCGAAAUAA